AUGAUGAGUUAUGCAUAUGUUUUUGAGAUUCUUGAGCCUCGUCCAAGGUGGGACUGGAAUGGACUUUUGUUUAACGGAACUUGCUGUUAUUUGGGUUUUCCAUGCUCAUACAAUCCGAAAAAUAGCGUCAGUCGAUUCGGAUAUGCGACUAUUUUAUUUGGAGCUUUGAUAUUUGUGACCGUUAUGAAUUAUGGAAUUAUUCUAUUUGUUGUGACGCCCUAUCUAAAUCCGCAAAUACAAACUAUUCAAGAGAUUAUAGAUGGUCAAUUUAAUUUAAUCGGUGAUCAAUUUACGAUGUGGAAAGUGAUGGAACAAAAUAAGAUUUAUCCACGUGAAUCAUUGACUAAAUUUAAAAUAGUUGAGCACCCAAGUGAAUAUUUUGGUCAACUUGAAUUGAAUGAUAGAAUAGCGGUUGCUGCAUCUUUUGAAGACUCACGUUCUAAGCCAAGAGAUUUUCGAUUUGGUCCCAAAAUGAGUAUUCAUUGUUUUGACUUUGAUAAUAUCAUUUAUGAACAUUCAUUGAAAAUGUUGACUCGCAAAGGCUUUCCCCAUCUCAAUGAUCUGAAUGAUUUCCUGCAACGUGCGAGUGAAAGUGGCUUAAUCGAUAAAUGGCUAAAAGCAUAUAGAUUGGUUCGAGAAGAAAAAUCAAAAGUUGAAUACGUAACAGUGAAAGCUGAAAUUUUAUUAGUUGCACUUGUAAUAUAUAGUUGCAUGAAUUUAAUGGCAUUCCUCAUCAUAUUUGUUGAAAGAAAAACAUUCCAGAAAGCUCGUUCAGCAAAUGCAGCACCAUUUUGGCGAUAUUUAGAAAUAGUCAUUGAUCCAUAUCGAUACCUUUUCUUGCAAAAAGUAGACUGGAAAAAAUAA